UCUUCAACAGGAUGGUUCUCUUCACAUUUGCUUGAUAGCUUGAGACUACGUGUUGCAACCAGGUUCCUAUCUGUAUAUCCUAAACUGGGUGCAAAAGACUUGUUGAAAUCUGUGUCUGAGCGUUUUGAAAAAUCCAAAUGGAUGCAAGUCCUAAGAAAAGACUCAAGAUCUGGUGAGGAAGAAAAGGAAGAGAAUCAACAAAAUGCAGGAGUGUCACCUACAAAAUGUAAUCAUUCAGAACUUGUAAGCAAUGAUGGCAAAGAUGAACCAGAUGAUGAUGAUGAUGGUGAUGAUGAAGAUGAGGAUGAUGAAAUUGAAGAUGAAGAAGAUGAUGAGGAAUUAGAGGAUUAUGAAUUGCUUCACAUGGCUGGUGAGGAUGGUGAUUUCUCUCUGCAAUCUUGUUAUACCAAUGGAGAAAACAUUUCCAAGAACUACCUACAAGAGCUCUUUGGCAGUUUUCCAUCAGCUGAAGCAGGUAGAAGCAAGGGGCAAGAUGCUGAUAUUAGUGAUGGUGAAUAUCAGAUAUACGAGCAAGAUAGUGGUGACAAUGAUGACCAUUUUGAUGAUGAUGAUUACUAGCGUGGGUUUAGGUUCCCAGUAAUUUAUUCAGGUAGAUUUUUGUUCUGUAAUUGUUUCAUAUCCAAUUUUUUAUUCACAUGCCAUUGUCAUUGUUCUAUUUUGUAAAUCUAAGUGGACCUAGGGGUUGUUUGCUAGUUAAGUAUAUAAAAUAUGACAAAAAUGCUGGCAUGGAACUUGUUCUUGUCUUGAAAAAACAAAAUCAUGCAUAUUGGUGAAAACCCAUCUAAAUUUUUGAUUCCUAUCUUUUCUCUUU